CCGCGCAUGCGCGCUGCCGUCCGGUUCCUGUCAGGAGGAGAGAGCAGCUGGAAGGCAGUGGAGAAGGCGUCUGUCCGCCUCUGUGCCGCCAUGAAGUCCCGCUUCAACACGGUGGACAUCCGGGCGGUGAUAGCCGAGCUGCGCCAGAGCUUAUUGGGAAUGAGAGUCAGCAAUGUUUAUGAUGUGGAUAAUAAGACGUACCUCAUCCGCCUUCAGAAGCCAGAUGUCAAAGCUACACUUCUCCUGGAAUCUGGAAUUAGAAUUCACACAACAGAAUUUGAGUGGCCCAAGAAUAUGAUGCCAUCUAGCUUUGCAAUGAAGUGUCGCAAGCAUUUGAAGACCAGAAGGCUUGUGAGUGUGAAGCAGCUCGGUGUGGACAGAAUAGUUGAUUUCCAGUUUGGAAGUGAUGAAGCUGCCUACCAUCUUAUUAUUGAGCUCUAUGACAGGGGUAACAUUGUGCUGACUGAUCAUGAGUAUCUCAUUCUGAACAUCCUGAGGUUUCGCACAGACGAAGCAGAUGAUGUCAAAUUUGCUGUGCGGGAACACUACCCAAUUGAUCACGCCAAAGCUGCAACUCCAUUGCCCAGUUUAGAAAGAUUGACAGAAAUAAUAACCACUGCACCUAAGGGGGAUCAGCUCAAGAGAGUCCUAAACCCUCAUCUUCCUUAUGGAGCCACUCUAAUUGAACACUGCCUUAUAGAAACAGGAUUUUCAAGUAAUACCAGAAUAGAACAAAUGGAUAGCAAAGAUAUUGAAGGGUUGCUAGCUGCUUUACGGAAAGCUGAAGAAUAUAUGGAAGUAACGGACAACUUUAAUGGCAAGGGCUACAUCAUUCAGAAGAGGGAGAAAAAGCCAAGCCUGGAGCAAGAGAAACCUGCUGAAGAAAUCCUCACAUAUGAGGAAUUUCACCCUUUCUUGUUCUCUCAACAUAUUAAGUUGCCAUAUGUGGAGUUUGAAUCUUUCAAUAAGGCAGUGGAUGAAUUUUACUCGAAGCUGGAGGGCCAGAAAAUAGACUUGAAGGCGUUGCAACAGGAGAAACAAGCUCUGAAGAAGCUAGAAAACGUUCGGAAGGACCAUGAGCACAGAUUGGAAGCUCUGCAUCAAGCUCAGGAAGUUGACAAGGUGAAAGGUGAGCUUGUGGAAAUGAACCUGGAGAUUGUUGACCGAGCUAUCCAAGUGGUCCGUAGUGCUCUAGCCAACCAGAUUGACUGGACGGAGAUUGGUGCCCUGGUCAAAGAAGCUCAAGCCCAAGGGGAUCCAGUAGCAAGUGCCAUCAAGGAGCUGAAGCUGCAAACAAACCACAUCACGAUGCUUCUGAAAAACCCUUAUGUAUUCUCGGAAGAGGAGGAGGGGGAGGAUGAUGGAGAAGCUGAAAUGGAAGUGGAAGAAGAGUCCAAGGGAAAGAAGAGGAAGAACAAAGCCAAACAACUGAAAAAGCCCCAGAAGAACAAGCCCUUAUUGGUGGACCUGGAUCUCAGCUUGUCUGCUUACGCAAAUGCCAAAAAGUAUUACGACCACAAAAGACAUGCAGCCAGAAAAACCCAGAAAACAGUGGAAGCAGCAGAAAAGGCCUUCAAAUCAGCAGAAAAGAAGACCAAGCAAACACUGAAAGAGGUUCAAACAGUGACCACCAUUCAGAAGGCUAGAAAGGUGUACUGGUUUGAGAAAUUCCUGUGGUUCAUUAGCUCUGAAAAUUACCUUGUUAUAGCUGGAAGAGACCAACAGCAAAAUGAGAUGAUCGUCAAGAGAUACCUGCGGCCAGGUGACAUCUAUGUGCAUGCUGAUCUCCAUGGAGCAACCAGUUGUGUCAUCAAGAAUCCAACAGGGGACCCCAUCCCUCCACGGACGCUCACGGAGGCAGGCACCAUGGCCCUGUGUUACAGCGCUGCCUGGGAUGCUCGGGUCAUCACUAGCGCCUGGUGGGUGUAUCAUCAUCAGGUGUCUAAAACAGCUCCCACUGGAGAAUACCUGACUACCGGAAGCUUCAUGAUCCGAGGAAAAAAGAAUUUUCUCCCCCCUUCCUAUCUGAUGAUGGGCUUCAGCUUCCUGUUUAAGGUGGAAGAAUCCUGUGUUUGGAGACACACUGGUGAGCGGAAGGUCAAAGUGCAAGAUGAAGACAUGGAGACUGUGACCAGCAACACUAGUGAAUUGGCAGAAGAAGAAAUGGAGCCUUUAGAUGCACCAGAGGGAGAUGAAAGCAGCAGUGAUGACAGUGAGAAGGGAGAAUCCAGGGAGAAGCCUGAGAAUGAGCAAGAUCCUACAGAAACACAUCAACAGGAAGGGGAGAAUGGCAGGGAUGAGACUGGUGAGGCCUUGGAAGGAUCAUCUGAUGAAGAGAAUGCAGGCUCACAAGAAGAGGGCGAAGGGGAGGAAGAACUAACAAAGGAGGUUUCAGAAGAAAUCAGUUUCCCAGACACAACCAUCGAUCUCUCACACCUCCAGUCCCAGAGAUCCCGGCUGCAGUCUGCUGCCAAAGACGACAUCUCAAGCCUGAAUGAGAGCAAGUCCCAGGGCCGGAGGCAUCUCUCAGCAAAGGAGAGGAGAGAAAUGAAGAAAAAGAAGCAGCCAAACGACUUGGAUGAUCCAGAACCACCAAAGGAAGAGGAGGAUGGGACUCCCCUCCCCUCACAUGUGCCCCCACCCCCAAGUGGUACCAAGAAUGGCAGCACUCAGCCAGCUGUGAAGAGAGGACAAAAGAGUAAGCUGAAAAAGAUCAAGGAGCGGUACAAGGACCAAGAUGAGGAGGACCGUGAGCUCAUCAUGAAGUUGCUGGGUUCUGCAGGGUCAACCAAGGAAGAGAAACCAAAGAAAGGCAAAAAAGGAAAGACAAAUCAAGAGGCUAUGAAGAAACAGCCCCAGAAACCCCGAGGGGGCCCAAAGACUAUACAGCGGGUUAGAAUAGAAGAACUAACCUCUGAGCUGGAGGCCAUCACUUUGGAAGAUCUUCCAGACGAGAAGGAGGAGCUGGACCAAGAUCAGCACACAAAUGAGGAAGGGGAGACUUUCUUUGAUUCUCUGACCGGACAGCCCCACCUGGAAGACAUCCUCCUCUUCGCUGUGCCAAUCUGCGCUCCAUACACAGCCAUGACCAACUACAAAUACAAAGUCAAGCUGACGCCGGGCACACAGAAGAAAGGGAAAGCUGCCAAAACUGCUUUGCAUAAUUUCAUGCAAUCUAAGGAAGCAACCCCUCGAGAAAAGGAUCUUUUUCGCAGCGUGAAGGAUACAGAUCUAUCCAGAAAUAUUCCUGGCAAAGUGAAAGUUUCAGCCCCCAAUCUCCUGAGUAUGAAAAAGAAGUGACAGCAACAGUCAGCGGCAUCACCACCCUGCAGUUUUGCACUGUUUUCCCCAGUGACUGGAAUGGGAUACCAUUUGGAGAGCUGCUUCCAGUUUUGCUAAUAAAGUCCUGAGAAAUGA